UCCACAGCGCUCCUCUUUGUAUUUGGACUUAGAGCAACCAGUAGCAGAGUGUUUUGAAACGGAGAGACUAUGGGGGAAUCGAUCGAAAAGCUGUGGGAAGAAGUACGAGAGCUCAGCCUAGGAACUCAGGUGGAGCGCCUCCCCUCGCCGCCGACCCCGCUGGAAUUCCUCCGCCACUUCGUCUCCCAAAACAAGCCCUGCCUCAUCUCCAACUCCACCCACCACCACCACUCUCCCUCCCUCUCCCUCUCCCUCUGGUCCUCCGACCUCCACCUCCUCCGCUCCCUCUCCUCCUCCACCGUCUCCCUCCACCUCACCCCCUCCGGCCGCGCCGACUCCCUCGCCCCUCACCCCUCCCUCCCCUCCGACUCCCUCUGCUUCGCCUCGGCCCACGUCGAACCCACCCCCUUCCCCCUCGCCCUACGAUCCAUCUACUCCUCCGACAUCGACUCGAAGCUCGUUGCGUACGCGCAGCAGCAGAACGACUGCUUUCGGACGGAGUACGCUGGGCUUGCGGGAGACUGUGAGGCCCAUAUCGAUUGGGCCAGUGAAGCCCUGGGGUGUUUUCCUGAGGCUGUGAAUUUGUGGAUUGGGAAUGAGUUGUCGGUGACCUCGUUCCAUAAGGAUCACUACGAGAAUCUGUACGCUGUUGUUACGGGGGAGAAGCAUUUCCUCCUCCUUCCGCCCACCGACGUCCACCGGAUGUACAUCCGGGACUACCCUGCUGCUCACUACCACUACUCAAAGGACAGUGGAGGGUUCAAAUUGGAGCUUGAGGAUCCAGUGAGAUAUGUGCCUUGGUGCAGUGUGGAUCCUUACCCGUCUCCAGAGAAUAUGAAGAUGGAAAAGUUGAAAUUUCCGUUGUACUUUGAUGGACCAAAGCCGUUUGAAGUCACAGUAAAGGCUGGGGAUAUUCUUUACUUGCCAAGUAUGUGGUUUCAUCAUGUUAGACAGACUCCAGACAGCAGAGGACGCACUAUUGCAAUUAACUACUGGUAUGAUAUGCAGUUCGAUAUAAAAUACGCUUACUUCAACUUCUUGCAAUCAAUUCCUCAUCCAUCAAUAUCGUUGCAUGAUCAGACACUGCAUGAAAUGCGAUGUGUUGAAUCAUCUUCAGAUAAAUCUAUUUGCGUUUCAGCGGAUGAACCGGAUACCAAUGUCAAAGAGAGGGUGAAUGUGACUGAUAACAAUGGUGACAGUGAUGAUGCUGUAUCAAAACUGGUUCAUUCUUUGAGAAGCUCUUGCUGAGAACAUGCAAAAGCAGGAACAGUUAUAAUCUUUGCAAUGAAUAUUGAACAAGGUUGCGAGAGGUCAGCCUUGUGAUUGAGUGAUGAUGGUGAUCAGCUGUGAACAGCUCUUUGAGAAGCUUUGCUUUGUAAAUUUCUCAGCAGGUCGAGUCGUGGGAAAUAGAAGAUCCAAAUGGGUUAAAACAAGCGCCACGAGCAUGGUCUUGUUUCAAUAAGACAAAAGAUCAAGCUAGUUACCUGACCUGGCUGGGGCUUGGUUUUAUUGGUGUUAUAAAAAAAGGUUCAUUUUGCAGGGUCCUUGUUUUUGUGGCAUAUCUACUGGAUUGAAAACAUUAGUGUCUGGCUUCAGAUGAAAUGAUUUGUGUUACUUGUUGAGCCCCUUACCCAAGCUCCACAAGAGUUGUCUUGAUAAGAAAAUGGGAUUUCUAAUUUCUCUUCAUAAGUAUCAUGGCUAUUAUAGUGCAUGGACUUGUAUGAUGUACUAAUAGGUGUCUAUUUGAGGAUUGGAAGAUCCAAGCCUAUUCUGCCAAUCAAUUGGCAGCUCAUUCUAAGAUUUUUUUAGGUCGGUGGUUAGGUUUUUCAUUUGGCAGUUGCUACCGUCACAAAGUAAGGUACAGCGUCUCUUCCUCUGUUAUUGCUUUUGCGAAAAAGGAGAAUGCCUCUCUCUCUCUCUC